AUGCCUCGGCUGAAACCGCUCCCGGACUGCCAAGGUCCCAAGCUCGAAUGUUUCAUUGAUGAUAUCGCGACCUGCGACUUCAAACUUGUCGAGCUUCUCGGCUCUGGAUGUCAUUCCCAAGUUUGGAAGGCCGAAAUCAAUGGCAAAGUCUAUGCUAUCAAGCUGUUCUUCAGUUUCUGGGCACACGAGCCAAACUUCCUGAUGGACCCUAUUGACGACUUUGAGCGCGACCUGGAUGACGGAUACGAGCCCCCCGAAGAAAUGAGUCGAAUGUCCCAAUCGACGAUCGCUAGUCUGCGCCUCCAUGCAACCUCGUUCUACAACGAAUGCCGUGUCUUUGGGCGCCUGAAGGAGCUGGGCCGUGAAGACCUCACUGUCAAGUCCUAUGGGUACCUGCAAUUCGAUCUCAGCGACGACAAGGUCCAGCGGCAUUUCCUACCAUUUGGAAACGGCGCCAGAAAAAGGCUGGCUUUUGCCGGGAACAAAGAACCCACCGACGAAGAUGUGAUCCGCUACCUCAUGCAGCACGACGAUCUCCGCAUACCCAUGACGGCCAUUGUCAAAGAGUGGGUGCCCUCUUCUAAGGAUCCAAAGUUGGUGCGUGAUGUUGCCGAGGCCCGAACGUAUUGGCCGCCUGUCAGACCAGACCGGGAAGUGGUCAAGAGAAGCAUUGGACACCUGCCUCGACUGCUGCGUAAUCUUCGAGAGCUGCACAAGUCAGGCAUCGUGGUUCGAGAUCUCGAGUGGCAGCAGUAUCAGGACGGGCAGCUUGUAGACUUCAGCUUCGCCUGGACCAUCCCCCAUAUGCUGGGUCCAGAGAGCGGCCUCCGACCCCGGUGGAGCUUUGAGAGUAUGGCGGCAUGGGACCUUCAAUGCUUCCAAACCAUUCUCGAUGAUUUCGACAAGCAAGCAGAACUCGCAGUGCCUCGCCUACGGAAACACAACCUCGUCGCAUGGCAAAGCGACGAUAUGUACCAGCGCCUUCGGCCCAGGCCUCAGUCAUACGGGCCUGCCCUUCCCAUGCUCGUCUACGACGCCAAUACCAAACCCAUGGUACAUCGCCCGCCCUUUGACCCCGCCAAGUUCAACUGGCAGGCUAUGCAGAAGCCAACAAAGAAGGGUGCCACCGGGCGCGUCACCAAGACAAAGGCGCCUCAAAGAAGAGCGCUAAGAAAAGCGUCAAAGAAGAGAGGGACGAAGUGA